AUGAUGAUGAGAACCACCCUUAUCAUAUGGCUUUGCUUGCUAGAACCCUUGUGCCUAGUGAACUUUACCAUCACCAUUAAUGCUGCUACUUCCCAUUGUCUUGGUCAUCAACAUUCUUUGUUGCUCCAUUUGAAGAACAGCCUCGUAUACAACCAAACUCAGUCCAAAAAGUUAAUUCAUUGGAACCAUGUUCACGAUUGUUGCCACUGGAAUGGAGUCUCUUGCUACAAGGGACAUGUCGUGGAUCUAGAUUUAAGCCAAGAAUCUAUAGUUGGAGGUAACUUCAGCAGUCUCUUCCACAUGCAAUAUUUGCAGAGUUUGAAUUUGGCUUAUAAUGAAUUCCACUUUGAAAUUUAUUCUGAGUUAAAAAACCUGAAGAAUCUCAGGUAUUUGAAUUUGUCAAAUGCUGGUUUCAUGGGGCAAAUUCCAACUGAAAUCUCUUACUUGAUCAAGUUGGAGACUCUUGACUUGUCUACCAUAAUCACUUCAUCAUCAAAACAUGGUUUGAAACUUGAGAAGCCAAACAUGGUAGAGUUUGUGCAAAACUUUACAAGAAUGAAAGAACUGUAUCUAGAUGGUGUUGCAAUUUCAGCCAAAGGAGAGGAGUGGUGCCAUGCUGUGUCUUCCCUGCAAAGUCUACAAGUUUUGAGUAUGUCAUCUUGCAAUCUCUCUGGUCCUCUUGAUUCUUCAUUGACAAAGCUUCAAUCUCUCUCAAUACUUCAACUAGACCAUAACAAUUUGGCAAGCCCAAUUCCUGAGUACCUUGGUAAUUUGUUUAAUUUAACCACUUUGCAACUCAGAAGUUGUGGUUUGAGUGGAGUCUUUCCAAAAAAUAUCUUCCAAAUUUCAUCACUUCAUGUCCUUGAUGUGUCAGAUAAUCAAGGCCUUCAUGGUUCUUUAUCAAACUUUCUACAUCAAAGAUCUCUCCAUUACUUGAAUCUUAGCCGCACAAAUUUCUCAGGACCUUUACCACAGUCUAUUAACAAGUUAAGACAAUUGUCAACACUAGAUCUAUCAAAUUGCCAAUUCAAUGGGACAAUUUCCAAUUCAUUGUCUGAUCUUGCCGAACUUGUUUAUCUUGAUUUGUCAUUCAAUAAUUUUACUGGUCCUCUUCCAUCUUUCAAUAAGUCCAAGGCUCUGAGAAUCUUGUGUCUUAAUCAUAAUUAUCUAAAGGGCACACUUUCACCCACCCAUUUUGAAGGCCUUAUAGAUCUUGUGAGCAUUAAUUUAGAAGUUAACUCUCUAGAUGGAAGACUUCCUUCAUCUUUGUUUACACUUCCAUCUCUGCAGCUGCUCUUUCUUGCUAACAAUAGAUUUGAUGGCCAACUUGAAGAGUUCCCAAAUGGUUCCUCCUCAUCAUUAGAGAUGCUUGAUUUAAGUGAAAACAAUUUUGAAGGGCGUAUUCCUUUCUCUAUCUUUCAACUGAAAAGUCUCAGUUUACUUCAACUUUCCACAAACAAGUUCAAUGGCACCAUACAAUUGAGUGUUGUUCAAAGGCUACAAAAUUUGGCAACACUUGAUCUCUCAAACAACAACUUGUUAAUUGUGGAUGACAAUGAUCUUCCAUUCCCCAAGUUGAUCAAUCUUUGGUUGGCUUCAUGUAAGUUGACUGUAUUUCCUGCAUUUUUGAGAAAUCAGUCUUCUUUACUCUUUUUAGAUUUGUCCAACAACCAAAUUGAAGGAACAAUACCCAAUUGGAUUUGGAGACUUGAAAUUCUAUGCUUCUUGAAUCUUUCCAACAAUUUUUUGACUGAUAUGGAAGGUCCUUUCCAAAAUCUUAGUUCAACUUUGUUCUACCUUGAUCUUCAUGGAAAUCAAUUACAAGGACCAGCACCCAUUUUCACAAAAAAUAUUGUUCAUCUGGACUACUCAAAUAAUAGAUUCAGUUCUAUUACACCAUCAGAUAUUGGCAAUUCUAUUCCUGACUCAGUUGAUAUAUUUUUCUCAAACAACAAUUUUGAUGGAAAAAUCGAUGAAUCCAUUUGCAAUAUUUCAACUCUUAGAAUGCUUGAUCUUUCAUAUAAUGGCUUCAUUGGCAACAUUCCUGAGUGCUUGACAACAAGGAAGAGUAGCUCUCUAAAACUAUUAAAUCUUGCUGGAAACAAACUCAAUGGCCACAUUUCAGAUACAUUAUUCUCAACUUCAUGUUCUCUAAGGUUUAUAGAUCUCAAUGGAAAUCUUUUAAAUGGAGGCCUCCCAAAAUCUUUGGCUAACUGCCAAAAUCUCCAAGUCCUAAAUGUUGGAAACAAUCAAUUAAUGGACGAGUUCCCCUGCUUCUUGAAGAACAUUUCUUCUCUAAGCGUCAUGGUUUUAAGGUCAAAUAAGUUCUAUGGACAGAUUGGAUGCUUCAAUGUGAUUGGCGAUUGGGAAAAGCUUCAAAUUGUUGAUGUAGCAGACAACAAAUUUAGUGGCACCUUACCAACAACACUCUUUCAGACUUGGAAAGAAUUGAUGUCUGAUGAUGAAGAUAAAGAUAAAUCAAGGUUUGGACAUUUAUCUUUUAAUUUUUAUGAUAUCAACAUCAAUUAUUCAGUGAAUCUUGAUGCUAUAACUACAAUUUUCUCUAAGACCAGCAAAAUGAAGUUAGCCAAACUUGUUACAGUUGAGCCACUUUAUGUGUUAGAUCACUUGUUCUCUCAUGUAUAUGCGGAGGCUGAUAGUCUUCGUAGGUAUGAGGACUCAGUUACCAUUGUAAUCAAAGGUCAACAAAUGAAGUUGGAAAAGAUUCUCAUUGCAUUCACUUCAUUGGAUUUCUCAUCAAACCAAUUUGAAGGGCCAAUACCAGAAGAGAUCAUGAGUUUCAAAGCACUGCAUGCUCUUAACUUGUCUCACAAUGCAUUCUCAGGCCAUAUUCCUUCAACUUUGGGAAACUUGAGAAAUCUUGAGUCCUUAGACUUGUCAAUGAAUUCUCUGAGGGGAGAGAUUCCAGCUGAGCUUGCAAGCUUAUCUUUUCUUGCCAUCAUGAAUCUCUCCUAUAAUCAUCUUGUGGGGAGAAUUCCAACAGGCACUCAAAUUCAAUCGUUUGGAGCAAAUUCAUUUGUGGGAAAUGAAGCGUUAUGUGGACCUCCAUUGACACAAGGUUGUGGUGGAGAAGAGCAAGGGUUGUUACCAACAUCAUCUAAAACUACUAACUCUCAUAGUAGUAGUUCAGUUGAUUGGAGUUUGUUAAGUGUAGAGUUGGGAUUCACUUUUGGGUUUGGAAUAUUCAUGAUGCCACUGAUUUUGUGGAAGAAAUGGAGGUUGUGGUACUCCAAGAAAGUAGAGGAUGCUCUAUACAAGAUUGUGCCUCAACUUGAUUUUGUAUAUGAACGUCGUGGUGGGAAGAGAUAUAGAUCUUUAAGGUGGAAGCCUUAUUGA